AUGGUGAAGAAAAUCAAGAGCUUUAAGCCUAAACAAGAAAACAAGAACGAGAGAAGGAAAUGGAGUUCUUGGUGGUUGAUUGGGGCAUUAGUGGCAGUUGUAUUAGCAGUAAUAGCAGCUGUUACUGUGUCUCCAAUGAAUGCUUCAAAGAUUGCUUCUUUGAUUCGCAGCAAUUACAAGUCAUGUCAAUGCCCUUUCUCUCAGGAUUCAGGGAAGUAUAAGGGAAUGAUUGAGGAUUGUUGUUGUGAUUUCGAGAGUGUAGAUAAUGUUAAUGGAGAGGUGUUGUCUCCUUUGCUUCAAGAGCUUGUUACAACACCGUUUUUUCGCUAUUUUAAGGUUAAAUUGUGGUGUGACUGCCCUUUCUGGCCCGAUGAUGGUAUGUGCCGCUUGCGUGAUUGCAGUGUCUGUGAAUGUCCAGAAAAUGAGUUCCCGGAACCUUUUAAGAAGCCAUUCAGCCAUGGUCUUUCAGCAGAUGAUUUGGUGUGUCAAGAAGGAAAGCCACAGGCUGCUGUUGACCGCACAUUAGACAGUAGAGCUUUUAGAGGAUGGAUAGAGACAGAUAAUCCAUGGACAAAUGAUGACGAGACUGAUAAUGGUGAGAUGACAUAUGUGAAUCUUCAGUUGAAUCCGGAACGCUACACUGGUUAUGUUGGUCCAUCAGCUAGAAGAAUAUGGGAUGCAGUUUACUCAGAGAAUUGCCCAAAGUACCCAUCUGGAGAGAUUUGCCAAGAGAAAAAAGUAUUAUACAAAUUAAUAUCUGGCCUCCACUCUUCCAUUUCAAUCCAUAUUGCUGCCGAUUAUCUUCUUGAUGAGAGCAUCAAUAAGUGGGGUCAGAACCCAGAAUUGAUGUAUGAUCGUGUUCUAAGAUACCCUGAUCGUGUCAGAAACUUGUACUUCACAUUCCUCUUUGUUUUGCGUGCCAUGACUAAAGCAGCAGAUUACCUGGAGCAUGCUGAGUAUGACACUGGUAACAAUACAGAGGACUUAAAGACACAAUCUUUAGUGAGGCAGUUACUUUACAACCCCAAACUCCAAGCUGCUUGCCCUCUUCCAUUUGAUGAAGCUAAGUUGUGGCAAGGCCAAAGUGGACCUGAACUGAAGCAGCAAAUUCAAAAGCAAUUCAGAAAUAUUAGUGCAUUGAUGGACUGUGUGGGCUGUGAGAAGUGUCGACUUUGGGGAAAACUUCAGGUUCUUGGCCUUGGUACUGCACUGAAGAUACUCUUUUCUGUUAAUGGUCAAAAUCAGCCAAGUGAAUCUCUGCAACUCCAACGAAAUGAAGUGAUUGCGCUGGUAAAUUUGCUCAAUCGACUCUCAGAAUCUAUCAAAUAUGUACGUGAACAGGGACCUUCAAUUGAGAAGAUCAUGGAAAGACAGAUAUCAGAUUCUUCUGAACCCAAGUAUGGCAGUACAUGGCAGAGAGCAGGGGAUUCACUGUUUCGGCUUUGGUAA